UAGCGGUAUUUACCUGCAUUACUGGGCAACAAAAAAUGGUCACUGGAGUGAACACUAAUCCGUUGGUACCUAGUGAAGAUAUGACUACGGUUGUAACCGGUAACCAUGCUUCUAAAAAGUGCGCAGCUAGUGGAUCUGUAAGUAUGGCGUACUGGGAACGCGCGAUCCGAAAUGUUGGACAACUUAAAGCCGAAAUAGAAGAUCUCAGAAAGGAUACGAUCAAGAAACAAGACUUAAAGAAGAUGGAAGAAAAUAUCGCUAAGCUUGUACAACGUGCAUCGGGUCCUGAUGAACCGGAACGUAUAUUAAUUAAUAAGGGAAAGAGUGUUAAUGAUAACGGCAAGACAAAAUACAAUCCGAACGAUCGAUUAAAGCGAGACAAAGUAAAAGACGAAGAUAAGGUUAAAGUAUUAGUCAACGACCGUAUAAAAAGAGACAGUUUUGGUAAAGUCGUAAAACCAAACAUAAAGGCUCCUUUCAAUUUUAACAGAAAGACUACUGCAAAUAAUAGUCCACUGCAUACACAUGUACCUAAAAUUAAUAAGUUCAUAGCAAAUCCAAGAAGUUCCAUUGAUAAACCAUCGCCAAAAACAAACAAAAAACCAGACUUACAUACAUACGCUGUAAACUAUUGUAUGUGUGGCUCGAGUAAGGGUAAAAGGAAUACACUAAAUAAUAAAGAAAUGAUGGAUACUUACAUUAAGUCAUCGAAUGAAAUUUUACUGGAAGCAAACCAAUCUAGCACACGACGAUCAAAACCAAUUUUAUCAUUACCAAGUCCAGACUCAUUCCAGCAGAACAAUGAUAAAACUAAAAAUAAACCAAGCGGUGGGAGCAAUUGCAUUUGUUUGAAUAAAGUUCCUUCAAGUAAAUCUAUAGAUAAAUUAUUAGAAACUUUGAUGAAAUGGAACUGUGAUUUAAGUACUUCAAACUACGAGUGUACACAAAUCAACUGUCCCUAUGGCCUUGACUCGAUAAUCAACUUGAAAAGCUCUAAUAAUAACGCGCUUAUACAAGAGCUUGUAAAUUCAAUGUCGAAUGCUAUCAAAUCUAGGUCGAUGUUACCGAUAGUCCCUCCAGUAGCUCUAGAAACGCCAAGCCAAAAAAAAUAUAUACCUUCAACACCUAUAACACUUGUAAGUGGGAGUAUCAGUCAACCAACGGAAGGAAACAUAAAUUUGUAUACUCAUCCAUUGACAAUUACUAAUACAGAAUCUGAAUAUAUGGGCGCAAUCAAUUUGGAAAAAAGUAACGAAAAGAAUUGCAAAUGUACCGUUCGGGCCGGUAAAACAACCGUAGAUAUGGAUAUUAAUACUGAUAUAUGUUCAAUACAAGACCGUGAAUCAUUUCGACGACAACGUAAUCAAAGUACAAAUGCUGUAUUCAGUACAACACAGCCUUACCACGACGCCUCAGAAAGAAAAGGAAAUAAAUAUUCAAACGCAAGCUUAUCUUGCGAAAGUAGAGUAUUGAGGAAGCCUGACGAUAGACCAAUGAAAGGCAAAGAAUUGUAUUACAAACCAAGCCAAAUACAUAAUAGAGCCAGCCAAGCGGAUAGUUCUGUAAGACUUCUUUUAGACAAUCUUGAAGAAAUAGUUAAAGAUAAAGCGAAUAUUGUUAAAGAUAAUACAAUUUUAAAAAAAACUUCGAAUUUUAUUGAAGACAACUCAAGAAAAUUGGAAAAUACGUCUAAUGUCAUCGAAGAUAAAUCUAAAAUGGUUAAAGAUCGAUCGAUAGACUGCCACCUUGACCAUACAAAUAUGGACCAGAUUAUUACGUCUUCUUUAGUGCAUCCUUGCGAUUGCGACUAUGACGUAAAAUUUUUGGGCGUUACGUUAAGAGACCUCAAUGACAAUAGAAAAAAAAAUAAGAUAAUUGGCAAUGAACAAAAGCAACAAGGAAAUUUAGAAAAACUUAGCCACGUUUUUAAUAAAAAAGAUACAAAUAGACAUCAAAUUCAGGAAUACUCAAACAUGGACUUUAGCCAAUACUGUAACGUUACAUCGAAACUAUCAUUGAGUAAACUCGUUGACAAUUGGCAAUGUAAUGGCGAUAAUUAUCUACAUGAACCCACUCGAAUUUGCAACAUGAAUAUAAACGCUUUUAAAGAAUUAAUUACGAAUUUAAAGAAACAUGAUUCAAACCUGGACAAAGGUCUCGAUACUAAAAGCUUAGCUGGAACAUUAUUGUCGAAACAGUCAGCUUGCGUUUGUUGUCUCAAGGAUAAGGAAGAAGCUCAAAAUUUGGAAGUAAAUACGUUCUAUCUACUUAAAGAACAUCUAAAACAAAAAUGGGAUGAAUUUAGAGAAAACUGUCAGUCUGCGUGUAUACCGCCUGAAGAAGAAAAUAAAGCGUUUUCUCUUUUACUUGAAAAGAUUAAAGAAACUAUAUCUGAAACUGCUGAUCAAGCUGUUUGCAAAUGUGCAGAAGAUGGACCCACUGAUAACACCUGGAAACGAGCUUACAGUUUACUUCAAGAGUAUCUGAAAAAUAAAAUAAGUCGUGUUCAUUGCAAGUGUUCAUACCCGGUAGAAUAUAACGAAUCUCUGGUCCCGGAUGUGAGUGCUAAAGUGUGUAAUUUAAUCGAAAAAGACUUUCAACGCUUGAAAAGUCUUUGUAAGUGCCUUAAAAAAUCAAUAACUAAUAAAGACGGUCUUGAUUUAACAUGUUCAUUUCAACUACCUGAAAAGGAUAUUAAUAGUAGUGGGAAAAUAUCAAAGCAAGUUUCAAACACGUCAAUAAUUAUAACUCAAACUGCUUCGGCACAAGUUCAACCUAAUUUAGUAAUGGAAUCAAAAUCUUGCGAAGUGAUACAAAAAGAGCUUAAACCAGAGAAUGAAAUUGAAAUUGUUCACCUUUCUUCUGGUUCUAAAAUACACAUACCUAAAACUGCUGAAUUUAUAGUAAGUCAGUGCCAUAAUUCCACUAUAGACAAGCGCAGUAGCCACGAAUUAAAACGCAUUGCUCCUAUACCUUCGUUAGAUAUAAACAAAUUGGAAAUUAUGAAAGAUGAGGAUACUUACAACAAAGAAACUCCACUUCCUGUUAUUAAAGUUGAGGAAUCUCAAAACAAAAACAAUCCGCUUUCUUUGCCCCUGAUUGGAUACACCGUGGACUGUACUUGUGAUAAAUAUUUAGGCCCAUGUGUGUGUUCUAAGGCUACAGUUCAAAAGAAUAAUAGACAAAUUGAAGAAAUUUGGUACAACAUUUUAAGCACGUCUAAUAAAAACGUUAAUGAUAAGAGUAUUUCAUAUGUAAUGGAUAAUGUAAAAAGUACUACAAGUAAAAGUGUUGACAAAAUUUGUUUGCAAGAAACUCCACGAGAUAUAUGUAUACAUCAUUUAAUUAAUAUCGACAACGUCCAACAAGUGAAUCGCGAUGUAAUGGACAAUAAAACCAGUGUUGAAAAUAUGUAUGUGGAUUUAACGCUUGAAUAUUGUAGUGAUAAAAUUCCGAGCCCUACUACACAUAACGUUACAAACACAGAUGUCACAUCCAAUUCGGAAAGCGAUAAUUUUGCGGAUAGUUCAUUUAAUGAAUGGUUUGAAUAUGUGCCCCAUACUAUUCUAGAUACUCCAAAAUCAAGACCUGGCCGUGUCCCAGGGCGGCAAUGUGUAACACGAAGGAAAAGUGAAACACAAGCUGAUAAUUCCUCAAAACCAUAUUUGCAGAAUUGCGAUUGCAGUACGGUGCCAAUCUGUCACGUAAAGAUGCUGGUAAAAAACAUAGAAAGAAAGUUGAUGCUAUCUGAUUGCACUUGUGACUCUAUGAAUUCUAAGGUUUGUCCAAUUCACUCCAGAAAAAAUUUGUAAAAUGUGAUACAUGUUUCUUUGCUUUGUACGGUGUCUGAGUGUUUUUAUAAACAUUUUUGUUUAAAUAAAUUUGCGUUACAUUUAAUAAUUUAAUUGACAUUUAA